AUGACCAGAGACAUCCAGCAAGCCGUCAGCCGUACCCGCCCCCCUGCUCCCGUCGCCAUCGCGUACAGCGAUACCAUCGAAAUCACUCGCUCUGGGAGUUACUCUAUGCCGCCCCCUGCAAGCACCAAGGUUGCUCAGCCGUUGAUCCAUAUUGACAAUGAACGAGAGAGAGAGGCUUUGGAGGAGAUGCUGAGGGAAAUUCUUGAGAUGGGAUAUGGCAAUCUCUAG